UCCAAUAUGGCGCAGAGUGUAAGGAGGAGGGUAAAUACUGUGGGUAUCCAGCUGGUUCGCGGGGCAAUUUCACCGCAAGCUGCUCCUGUGCUGUUGCCAUUAAUCAUCCGGGAUACGUAUGGUAUUCAGGAUGAAGAAUUGUAUGGUGUAGCACUUAAUGGUGCAUACAAGGUGUUUGUUAAGUUGUUAAACACCGACGUCUAUGAGCGGCUGGUAGAGAAAUACCAGGAUGUUCGAGUGGACGUCAAUUCUAUGGUGAGUGUCCGCCUUCAUGACGUCUCCAGGCACUAUACAUGGGUUAGAGUGCGAAAUGUACCGUUUGAGGCUGAUGAAACGGACAUACGCAAUGUUUUUAAGGACUAUGGGACCGUUCACCUGGCACAGCCCGGCAAGUGGGUGGAAGGUGCAUACGUGGGAUACCCAGAGGGUACGUUUUCACUGAAAAUGACGAUACGGCACCCCAUACCAUCAUAUGUUAUAUUGGAGGCCUUCAGGACUCAGCUCAUGGUGGCCUAUGCUGGGCAACGCAGGACAUUCAGGCAUUGUGGUGGUUAUGAUCACAUUGCUGCAUAUUGUGAACAACAGACUCGACUCCAUGGUGUUGAAUGUACUGCCGCAGGGGAACCAGGGCAAGUUGGACGUGCUCUAGAGAUACAGGAAGGACGUGGGCCUGGUCGUCUGUGGAGUGAGGAGGUGGAGGAGGCAGAGGUAGUGGCGGGUGCGGACCUGACGGCCCCUGUGACUGGGGGCCCUGUGGGACCCAUUUUGCCUGAUGGUGGGGGACGGCAUGGUUCGGCGGAGGAAGCCAUUGACGAGGUCCUGGAGAAUGUGCUCCUCGCUGUUUCCCCAGUCCGAUGGGGAGGGCGAGUUGGUGACGAGGGCUGAUGUGAGGAAUGCUGCAGACCUGUGUGGACAACAAACUGAGCCCAUCGACUUGGUGGUGUCUCACGGGGCACUGUGCCCAGAGGGUGGGAAGGUCAGACAUGUGGUGGAGGUGGAGGUUCACCGUGAGGUGUCACAGGAGGUGAGGAUGGGAACAGGUGGAGUCGCGCAAGCGUGAGGCUGUGACAUCGGAUUCAGAUGAUGUCCUGACUCCAGCACAGAGGACUGGCAAGGUGGUGGUGGUGGAGGAGGAGGGUGGUGGUCCCUCGGGGACUUUGGACCCGGAGCUGGACCGGGGAGGGGUUAGGGCUGCCAGUAGGGACAUGCAUAAAGGAGGUCCGAAAGGACAUGGUGGUGUUGUGAGGAAGGUGACAAAGCACAGGGGGAAGAAACCACCGCUGGCCUAAGGUGUAUGACAGUCAACAUUAAUGGUUUGUGCCAGGAUGUGAAGCGUGCGUGGUUUGCAAGUUUUUUGUGCUGGCAUAGAGUGGAUGUUGUAUUUGUGCAAGAGCACAAUAUCAAGGUGGGGCGUGUAUUGGAGGUGAAUGGUUAUAGGGCUUUUGUGAUGCAGACGGGUCGCUUGAAGGGAGGGGUGGGAGUCCUACUCCGGGAGGCGAGCCCAUUUGUGGUUAGUA